GGCCAAAACCUAGAUGAGGAAUGAUCGAUUUCGUGUGAAUGAAAUCGACGUCAGAUUAUCACGAAAUCAAUCAUCUACAGCAGAGGAAGAGUACACAGCAACAUCAACAGCAAGUCAAUAAGCAAUGCAGCCACAAAACUUGUAUUAUUAACCACACAAACGCAUCUCAAUUUGUGAUGUUCCUUCUCCUUCUGUUUGGCGGCCGCCGCGUUCUAUUUCUUCUUCGUAGCAGAAGCCGCCUGCUUGAGCUGAUGAGUUUCGGAAUAUACUGAGGUAAUGAGUCUCGAACUUCGCAGCCCGUUUAUUGGGGUUCCGCUUAAUUGCACUACGUUUCAAGCAAGGAGCGGUAGAGAUUAUGCUUAUCUUAGGGGAGGAGCUGCACGAAAGCCCUCCAGAAAUGGUUUAUCGUGUAAAUGUGCCAAAAAAGUUGAUUUUGUAUUUUAUGGUAACAAAUUGAAGCAUUUUUGUGGGAGAAAUGCUGAGCUACUUUGGAAUAAGUUGGAAUUGCAGAGUGGUCGAGUGAUCAGUUCCGUUAGGGAGCCAAUUGUGAGGAAUGAGAGACUUGUCAAAUUUGUGACUCCGCUAUGGGAAGAGGGUUUAUUUCUGUUCAGGUGCUCCGUCUUCUUUUCGGUGAUAUCUGGGGUGUGCUUAUUGGUUUGGUAUGGGCAGUCGAAAGCGAAAGUGUAUGUCGAGGCCAAUUUGCUGCCAUCGGUUUGUGCCCUGUUGAGUGAUCAUCUUCAGAGGGAGCUUGAUUUUGGUAAGGUUCGCAGAAUCUCGCCUUUAAGUAUUACUUUGGAAUCGUGCUCGAUUGGGCCUCACAGUGAAGAGUUCUCUUGUGGUGAGGUUCCCACUGUCAAGCUGCGUAUUCGUCCGUUUGCAAGCCUCAGAAGGGGGAAAAUAGUUAUUGAUGCUGUUUUGUCCAGUCCAAGUUUGUUGGUAGCACAGAAAAAGAACUAUACUUGGUUGGGAAUACCCUAUUUGGAAGGAGUACCACAGAGGCACUUGUCCGCUGAAGAAGGAAUUGAUCAUCGUACAAGAACAAGGAGACUUGCAAGGGAGGAAGCCAUGGUUCGCUGGGAAAGGGAAAGAGAUGAUGCAGCUAAAUCAUCUGCUGAGAAUGGUUAUAUCAUUUCGGAGUGUGAAUCUGUCCAACCCGAGGAUGACUCUUUCAAGGAGCAUAUGGCUCGACCAACAAGGACAAGGCUAGGGACUCUCGAUACUUUCCCUUAUACAGAUGAGAAAUUGCAGUGGAGAGACCAUCACUGUAUGGAUGCUGGUGUAGAGUAUGAUUUGAAGCAUGCUGAUUUAGAGAGAUCAUUUGGUGCAAAAGUUUCAAGCCUUGAAAACAGCAUGUGGUCCAGGAUAGUGCCUGGAUCUAUGAGGCAGAAAUUCAAGAGGAAGGCCAAUUGUAGGGAUUUAUCUAUGAGUAAUAUUGCUUCUAAAAGGCGACUCCUUGAAUGCAGUGCAUUUGCAGCUUGUUCAUUUUUCAAAGGAAAAUCACUGGGAAACUCAGGAAGCUGUGCUAAUGGAUCUGUAUGCUUUGAUUUUCCUAGGAUGGAUUCUUCCAUGAGAAGCAGUGAUGAUGCUGGUCCUUCUUAUUCUGCGGGGACCCAGUUCAAAGAAAAUCAGAGAGCUAUGGAUCAUGAUCUAAAGGUUGACCGUAGUGUUGGUGGUAAAAACGUUGAAGUUGUUGAAGAUUUACUGACAAACAAGGAUGUGUUCGAAGCGGACAACAAACUGAAGACUGAUUUUGUUUCUAGAGUAAUUUUAGAAAUUCCAUCUAGGAAUCAGAUGGAUAGAGCUCGAGAUCCAUUUCUCUUUACUUCGAAGAGACUUAGUAAAUUUACAAACUCUGGUGAUAAAUUUUCAACAGUAAAAAGUGUAAGAGGAAUAACAAACACCAACAAUUGUGAAACAGAUAAUGAAUAUUUUGAAAGAGAUGAUACAAUCCAUGCUGAUGUCAGAUUGGUCAAGAAGGUGAAGAAUGUUGAAGGUGACAUUUCGGAUACUCAAGGCUUUGGUGCCUUGGGUAGUUCUACUAUUACUGAAGUUGAUUCUUCAAGUUCAUCUAGCAUUUUGGGAAAAGUUGCACCAAUGGGUUUACAAUCAAGCCCAUCCCCUGCCCUUAAAAACAUCGCAUACGUGUGGUCUCUUAUACUUGACAAUCCUUGGCAAAGGCUGAAGUCGGAGAUCAAAGAGGGAUUUGAACAAAUAUCCACAGAAAUAGUCGACGAGAUGGGUGAAGUAAAUACUUCAGGCAUAGAGAAAAUGAUUCCUGUAGUCCUUGACUCGGUACAUUUUAAAGGCGGCACUCUUAUGCUGCUUGCAUAUGGUGAUGCAGAACCAAGAGAAAUGGAAGUUUCCAGUGGGCAUGUGAAGUUCCAGAAUCACUACGGGCGUGUACAUGUGCAGCUUAGUGGAAAUUGUAAGACGUGGAGAUCAGAUUUUAUGUCGGAAGACGGUGGAUGGUUGUCAACUGAUGUUUACGUUGAUAUCAUUGAACAGAAAUGGCAUGCCAAUUUGAAAAUUGCAAAUCUCUUUGUUCCACUUUUUGAGCGGAUAUUAGACCUUCCGAUUUCAUGGUCUAAAGGAAGAGCUAGUGGCGAGAUUCACAUAUGCAUGUCAAGAGGAGAAAGCUUGCCUAAUCUUCAUGGACAACUUGAUGUGACAGGGUUGGCCUUUCACAUAUAUGAUGCUCCAUCAGCAUUUUCUGAUGUUUAUGCAAGCUUGUUUUUCCGAGCCCAGCGGAUAUUUUUGCAUAAUGCCAGGGGAUGGUUUGGUGAUAUUCCUUUAGAAGCAUCUGGGGAUUUCGGCAUUGAUCCAGAGCAAGGAGAAUAUCAUGUAAUGUGUCAGGUUCCAUCAGUAGAAGUAAAUGGUUUGAUGAAAACAUUCAAGAUGAAGCCACUGUUGUUUCCACUGGCAGGAUCAGUAACAUCUGUGUUCAACUGUCAAGGCCCCUUGGAUGCUCCUGUUUUUGUUGGGAGUGCAUUGGUCUCGAGGAAAAUUAUUCAUUUAUCUGCUGAUUCUGCCCAAUCAGCUGCAUAUGAGGCAAUGGUGAUUAAUAAAGAGGCUGGAGCAGUUGCAGCUAUUGAUCAUGUUCCACUUUCCUAUGUUUCUGCCAAUUUUACCUUUAACACUGAUAAUUGUGUCGCUGAUCUGUAUGGCAUCAGAGCUACACUUGUUGAUGGUGGCGAGAUUCGUGGAGCCGGGAAUGCAUGGAUUUGUCCCGAGGGUGGGGUUGAUGAGACAGCAAUGGAUAUCAACUUUUCAGGAAACUUGUGCUUUGACAAAAUUGUGCAUCGCUAUAUACCUGGUUACCUCCAAACUAUGCCAUUUAAGUUAGGGGAUCUGAAUGGAGAAACAAAAGUUUCUGGCUCAUUGUUAAGACCGAGAUUUGAUAUCAAAUGGAUUGCUCCGAAAGCGGAGGGGUCACUUUCCGACGCCCGUGGAGAUGUGAUUAUCUCACACGAUCACAUUUGUGUUAGUUCUUCAUCUGCUGCUUUUGAGUUGUACACAAGAGUGCUAACAUCAUAUCCUGAUGAAAACCAGUUAUGCUGGACAAAGAAAGUGGUUAACAUGCCUUUCUCUGUCGAAGGAGUUGAACUAGAUCUACGGAUGCGCAAUUUUGAAUUUUGCAACUUGGUUUCUUCCUAUACAUUUGAUUCUUUGAGGCCCAUUCAUUUGAAAGCAACUGGAAAAAUUAAGUUUCAAGGGAAGAUCAACAAGAAUUCCCACAGCCAAGUUUCGCAGUCUGAUACAAACUCAGAAAUGAUACCAAAGGAAGGUGAUGAUAAUGAAAAAAGUAUUUCUGGUGAUAUUUCAAUCUCAGGUCUAAAACUCAAUCAAUUGAUGUUGGCUCCUCAACUUGCUGGAGUGCUCAAUAUAACAUCUAAGGGUAUGAAGUUGGAUGCUACUGGCCGGCCAGAUGAAAGUCUUGCGGUUGAAAUUGUAGGACCUUUGCAAUCUACUUCUGAAGACAACCUUGCGGGAAAAUUGCUCUCUUUUUCUUUGCAGAAAGGUCACCUGAAAGCUAAUGCCUGCUAUCGACCACUGCACUCAACUACCUUAGAGGUUCGCCAUCUGCCACUGGAUGAGCUGGAGCUAGCAUCACUCCGUGGAGCAAUUUCAAGAGCCGAGCUGCAGUUAAAUUUUCAAAAACGAAGGGGACAUGGUGUAUUAUCUGUUCUUCGCCCAAAAUUCAGUGGUGUGUUGGGUGAAGCUCUAGAUGUGGCUGCCAGAUGGAGUGGGGAUGUGAUCACAGUUGAACAAGCAAUCUUGGAGCAGAGCAAUAGCAAAUAUGAACUACAAGGGGAGUAUGUAUUGCCUGGUUCCCGCGACCGAAACCCGGCUGGAAAAGAAAAAGGCAGCCUGUUUCAGAAAGUAAUGACUGGUCAUCUUGGGAGUAUGAUCUCUUCUAUGGGUAGAUGGAGAAUGAGAUUAGAGGUCCCUAAUGCUGAGAUUGCUGAGAUGCUUCCGCUUGCUAGGCUUCUUUCUCGAAGUUCAGAUCCUGCUGUUCAAUCUAGAUCGAAGGAUCUUUUCAUACAAAGUUUGCAAUCAGUUGGAAUGUGUGCCGAAAAUCUUAAAAAGCUGCUCGAGGAAUUUCAUGGUCAUUGUGCCACAUCGUAUGAAGUUGUACUGGACGAUUUUGACCUUCCCGGUUUAGCUGAACUUAAAGGUCGCUGGCGUGGUUCUUUGGAUGCAAGCGGGGGAGGCAAUGGGGAUACAAUGGCGGAUUUUGACUUUCAUGGAGAGGAAUGGGAGUGGGGAACAUAUAAUACCCAGCGUAUUCUAGCAGCUGGUAUGUACAGCAACACUGAUGGUUUGCGUCUUGAGAAAAUCUUCAUCCAGAGGGACAAUGCCACGGUUCAUGCAGAUGGAACGCUAUUGGGCCCAAAGACAAAUUUGCAUUUUGCUGUUCUAAAUUUUCCUGUCAGCUUGCUUCCAACUUUUCUUCAGGUUAUCGAGAAUUCAGCUACCGAAGCUGUUCAAUCUCUUAGGCAGUUAUUAGCACCGAUCAGGGGCAUCCUUCACAUGGAAGGUGAUCUUAAAGGCAAUCUUGCAAAACCAGAAUGUGAUGUCCAAGUAAGGCUCCUGGAUGGGGCAGUUGGGGGAAUCGAACUUGGGAGGGCUGAAGUUGUUGCAUCUUUAACCCCAACCACCCGCUUCCUAUUUAAUGCUAAAUUUGAACCCAUUGUUCAAAAUGGCCAUGUACAUAUUCAAGGAAGCGUUCCUUUAUCACUUGUUCAGAGCAAUAUGCUGGAGGAAGAAAGUGCAGAAAGGGAUAGGAAUGAAGCCUCAUGGAUGCGAGAUUGGGACAAGGAGAGAAAUAAAGCAUCCGGUGAUGAGCCGAAUGAUCGAAAGGGAUCCAGAGAUAAAAGUCAAGAAGUUUGGGAUACGCAAUUGGCAGAAAGCCUCAGAGGUUUAAACUGGAACUUGCUGGAUGCAGGAGAAGUUAGGAUAGAUGCUGAUAUCAAAGAUGGUGGCAUGAUGUUGCUUACAGCUUUAUCUCCUUAUGCUAAUUGGCUCCAUGGCAAUGCUGAAGUUAUGCUUCAGGUAAGAGGCACAGUAGAACAACCAUUACUGGAUGGCUCUGCCUAUUUUCACAGGGCAACUGUGUCUUCACCUGUGCUUCGGAAACCAGUCACCAAUUUUGGAGGAACAGUGCUUGUAAAUUCAAAUAGACUGCGAAUUCACUCAUUGGAGGGUAAAGUUAGCAGAAAGGGAAAAUUGUCACUAAAAGGGAAUCUUCCGUUACGUACAAGUGAAGCAUCUAUCGGUGAUGGACUUGACCUAAAAUGUGAGGUUCUGGAAGUGCGUGCUAGGAAUGUCUUGAGUGGUCAGGUGGACUCUCAGUUGCAAAUUUCUGGGUCAAUUAUGCAACCAAACAUAUCUGGAAAGAUAAAGAUAAGCCAAGGAGAAGUUUAUCUGCCACAUGACAAGGGUAGUGGAACUGCACCGUUCAUUAAUGAUAUAAUAAAUGAACCAAGGCCUCCAGCUGGUGCAUAUGGUCGCAUGGUUGCUACAAAAUAUGUCUCACGUUUUCUCAACCUAAUACCAGCAUCGUUAAAUAGCCCUUUCCAGCUUUCACCUGCUGAACAUGAUGAAGCUGAAAAGGAGAUGGUGCAGGUAAAUGGUAAGCCGAAGCUAGAUAUUCGCCUUUCGGAGUUGAGGAUUGCUCUUGGGCCUGAGUUGAGGAUAGUUUAUCCUUUGAUAGUUAAUUUUGCUAUUAGUGGAGAGCUUGAAUUAAAUGGUCCAGCUCAUCCAAAAUGGAUUAAACCAAAAGGAGCUUUAACAUUUGAGAAUGGUGAUGUGAAUCUUGUCGCGACUCAGGUGAGGCUUAAGAGAGAGCAUCUUAACGUAGCAAAAUUUGAGCCUGACAAUGGACUUGAUCCUGCGUUGGAUCUAGCCCUGGUAGGAUCAGAGUGGCAGUUUAGAAUUCAAAGUCGAGCUAGCAAGUGGCAGGAAAAACUGGUAGUGACUUCAACACGUUCAGUGGAGCAAGAUCUCCUUUCAACAACUGAGGCUGCUAGAGUCUUUGAGAGUCAAUUAGCUGAAUCAAUAUUGGAAGGUGACGGCCAGCUUGCUUUUAAGAAGCUUGCUACUGCAACGCUCGAGACAUUAAUGCCAAGGAUAGAGGGCAAGGGAGAAUUUGGACAUGCACGGUGGAGGCUGGUGUACUCUCCUCAGAUUCCCAGCCUGCUCUCAGUUGACCCCACAGUCGAUCCUCUUAGGUCUCUAGCUAGCAACAUCUCGUUUGGAACGGAAGUUGAAAUUCAGCUGGGAAAGCGUCUUCAGGCUUCUGUUGUAAGGCAGAUGAAGGAUUCGGAGAUGGCUAUGCAGUGGACGUUGAUCUACCAGCUGACAAGCCGUCUACGGGUACUGCUACAGUCGGCUCCAUCCAAACGUCUUCUGUUUGAAUAUUCUACAACUUCACAGGACUAGGAUAAUACUCCAUUAUACCAUGAAAAUUAAGUAGAAUUUAGCUAGGUAGGGGAAGUAGGCCUUCAGCUCCAAAGCUGAAGAUUGUUCAUGUUUAGUUUUAUUCUUUGACAGUGUAUAUUCAUUUCUUGUAAAUAUUGGUUCUUUGCUCAAAUGAAAGCUGUAAAGGAGAGCAUAUGGUUGAAAGGGAUUGUGGCUGGUUUCAGUAUCAA